AUGGGGCACUCUACCAACGACUAUUAUGAUUUAAAAAAUGUCAUAGAAAAGUUUGUCACAGAAGGCCAACUAGACAGAUACUUGAAGGACAGGUCAGAUGACCCAAGGAAGAGAAAGAGGGAUGAGGAAAGAGGACAAGAAGAACGUCCACCACAACCCCCCGAACGAUAUAUACAUAUGAUUAAUGGAGGAUUCACAGGAGGAGGAAUAUUAAAAUCAUCAAGAAAAAUGCAUCUAAAAGAGGUGUACCAAGUUGGAGAAGACAACAGACUCCCCAACUUGCCUACCAUCUCGGUCACUAAAGAAGAUGCUCAAGGGAUAACACUUGGACACGAUGACCUUGUGGUGAUAACCAUGAUCCUCACCAACACGUACCUUCAUAAAACCUUAAUAGAUCAAUGCAGCUCGAUCGAUAUCAUAUUUAAACCUACUUUUGAUAAACUCAGUUUGGAGGAAAAGGAUCUGAAGGCAUGCCCAGAUAAUCUCUUCGGACUGGGGGUUACGCCGAUCCAACCUCUUGGGUACAUCUUCCUAUACACUACCUUUGGAAAGGGUGCAAAGUCGAAGACAUUAAGUGUUGAUUACAUUGUGGUCAAUGUAACCUCGACAUACAAUGCUUUAAUAGGUCUGACCACUUUGAACCGACUUGAAGCUGCUGUCUCCACACCCCAUCUAUGCAAGAAAUUUCCCACAACGAAAGGAAUUGCCACCAUCAAAGGAGACCAGAAACUAGCACGUAAGUUCUAUAAUGAAAGCCUUAAUUUAAAAGGCAGUUGA